AUGUCGUCGUCUUCAUCAUCUCGCUGUUCUUCUUCUGCCUCUCUUGCUUCUACUGCUUUGUCUGUUUCUUCUUCUUCAUGUUCUUCUAUUGAUUCAUCCCUCUGGAAAACUGAAGAACUCUACAUUAGCAACGAAACUACAGUACUGAUACCGACGUCUCCCGUUUCUUUUGCUAUUUCACAAAAAUGUCUUGGACUCAAAAGUGAUCUGGAAAAGGAGAGAGCUGAGGUCAGGAAUCUCACAAAGAAACUGGAGAAAGCACAGCUGGAAGAAUCGAUUCUCAAUCAAAAAUUGGACAUAGCGGAACUUGAAAAAAUGGAUAUUUACAACGAUUUAGUGAAGAAUGAGAAAGAGAUGAAGGCUAAAAGUAGACGAAUCGACGGACUAAAAGCUCACAUUUGUUCCGUUGAAGAACUGUUUAAAAAGCAGCAGAAAGAGAUUGAUAUGCUCCGUGCAGCUCAGGAACAGAAGAAAGAUAUUCAGAAGCCGUGGAACUACGGAGAGUCUUGUUGCAGAUUCAUUGAGGUCAAAAAGAAUGAGACUAGUCUUCAGAAGACGUGCGAUAAAAAGGAGGGAUUUAAUGGACAUUAG